AGCAGGUGUGCAUGAUGUUGGGGAGGAGGGAGAUUGGGGUGCGAGGGGGGGGCAAGGUUGUCGGGGGGUGUGGAUACCAGCAUAAGGUCUGGCAUCACUGAACGAGUCGCGUCUUCUGAACCUUUUGACGGAAGGUUAGCGCCCCUCCCCCCUCAUCCCUCCACAGCGGCUGACCUCAAGUCGAGCACUCGGCAGCCAGCGGGCGAGGUGCGCUUGAGAAAAGCCCACGUGGGUUUACACGGACCAUUUGUUUAAAUCAGCCAGGCAGCGCAAGGCAUUGCUUUAAUUAGCGCCAGGAAGUGCGGCGAGGAGUGGCCUGCCGUCAUGUCUCAGACAGGUAGUGUGCAGCUGUGAGAGCUGGGAAGCUGGCUAUCGCGUGCGGCUCCGGGCCACAUUAAAUACCGAGCAGACAAGAAUAUUUCGAAAACAGGAUUUGUGACUUGUGGUGGUGGGGGGGGUUUAAGCUGCCUGUCAAGAGGCCGGACACACAAGUACGUCACUCGGGGCACACAUCAGCAGUGUCCAAGACUCCUGUGGGGACCGGGGGAAUAACAGACGCUCAUCUCGGGAGGGGAACAAGGCUGCAAAUAAAAGAAGGAUCGGUCUGGAGGAGGAGCAGGAGGAGGAUGCAAGUGGAAAAUUAAUUACAACAGGGCAAAAUUAAACACCGAGCCAAGUUUCACGACAAGAUACGAUCGGAGAGGGGGGAAAUAUCAAUCAUUAUCUUCGACCACGAGCGUGAAUUCGGAGGAGGGAAGAAGAGCGAGCGAAUGUCUGGAGAUCACGUUUAAAACUAUUCCGUCGUCGAUUACCCAUUCAUAACCCAGGCGCUGACGAAAUACAAAAAAACUCUCAGCAGCUUAAGAGCAGCAGCGGCAAAAAACCAGCGUACAGUGUAUAAAUAGACUAAUCAACUACAAAUGUCUGAGCAAGCUUUCGAGAGCCUUGCUGACAGCUAGGUGACCGCUUUCCACUUGGGGAAGAUUGUUCAAAGAGCUCCUCCCAAGUUACGUGCAACACCGGCCGCGCGUUGGCAUUAGCUACCGUCACAGCGGCUCAGAACACUGCAAAAAAAGGCGGGAUUUAAAAUAGAAGGGGAGCAGCAAGAGAGAGAAAAAAAACGUUUCACCUCCCACCAACACUGUGUGACGAACGGAGGCUCUUCAAAGGUAGUUCGUCGCAAAAGUGACUCAGUGGACUUGUGGCUGGUUUGGCAGCAUUUCAGCACUCAGAGCCAGAGGAACCACAGUGAUGUCGCACAUCGCAGCGAUCUUCAGAUAAAAAGGCUGCACGCAGUUCGCAGCAGGUAAAGCACUUGAAGGGGUGCCCCCGGAUUGAGCAACACGCAAAACGAGUCCGCAAUUCCGCAGGGUUUGUCAUAAAACUCAGUGCAGCGGGGAGCAGCAGGACUAGCAGAAAGCAUCUUGACUUCAGAUCCAGCUAUGAUUUUCCUGCGAGUUGCCCAAGUCGGCAGCACUACGACACUACCAUGUGGAGAUGGAUUCUGAGGCAGCGGAGGCUGCUGCUGCUGCAAUCUCCACUCUCCUCCUGGGGCUGUCGUUUCUUUGCCCUGCUCUGUUUGAUCAGCCUGGCUGAAACGCACCCCCAGGAGGGGCCACUGACUCUCCAGGACUCCCGGCCGGGUCUCAGAAACUCUUCCAACUCCUCGUCUCUCUUUGGAUCGGCGUCGUUGUCAUCAUCGGUGUCUUCGUCUUCGUCGUCUUCGUCGUCUUCUUCCAGCCUGGAGCGGCACGCGCGUAGUUACAAGCACCUAGAGGGAGACGUCAGGUGGCGUCGUCUCUUCUCGGCCACGAAAUUCUUCCUUAAAAUCGAAAAGGGUGGCAAAGUCAGCGGCACUCGCAAGAAGAACUGCCCGUUCAGCAUUAUGGAAAUCACAUCGGUGGAAGUAGGAGUUGUGGCGCUAAAGGGCGUCCAUAGCGGAUAUUUCUUGGCAAUGAACAAGAAAGGAAAAGUCUAUAGCACGAAAGACUACAGCGACGACUGCAAGUUCAAAGAGCGAAUCGAGGAGAACGGCUACAACACGUACGCCGCGGUGAAGUGGAAGCGAAAUGGGAAGCAAAUGUUUGUGGCCCUGAACGGCAAAGGAUCGCCUCGGCGGGGACACAAAACGCGGCGGAAGCACCUCUCGGCGCACUUCCUGCCCAUCCUUGUGCCUUAGGGGGUGCCAUCCCCACCCAUCUUGCCCCCUUACCCCCCUAACAAUGGUACCCACCUGCCAAUCUCGAGCCCCCACUCCCCUCGCCCCCUCCUCCCCCUUCCACGCCAGGCGCACGUCCCCCAAAAAUGCUUUUCCGCAAAUAUUCUCCGAAGGCCUAAAAUGAAACUGGAAACAUUGGUGGUGCGCACGCCAAAGUAGAAGCAACUGAACUGGAUGACCUCUGUAGGGAGGGACGGGGAAGAUUGCUGUUCACUUCCAAAAGCACAAAGGCAUUAACGUACGGGCGCUUGGAAGACUGCGGACAUAAAGUGUUAUGAAGACGAGUCUGAACGGCGCACGAACGCAACGUCAAUGGGCUGUUACGGGACACGUGUGUUGGACUCUCCAUGGUGUGCAAAAGCUGAAAAGACUUUUUUUGACCUAUCAAAUAGGCGGCAAUACCAUUGUAGUGCUUCAAAUCAGCUGGCAGUGCAGUAUAGGGGUGAAAAGAUAGCUUAGUGAAAGAUGGAACUCACAAUGAUAUAAGAACUAAGCAGCACAGGAUAAAAUAGGGACCAGGUAACAUUGACAAAGGAUGUUGUAAACUUGUAAUGCUGGAUAUUUGUUAUUUUAUCAUACAUAAUUUACUUACCAAAAUGCACGUUAACAUUUCAUGUUUAUCAAUAACUCAACUUUCAAAAUUAAUUAAAAAACAUUUCCAAGUUUAAUUUUAUUAUAAAUUACCACAUGGUCAAAUGUUCUGAAGUUAUGUUAAAUUUAGAUGUGCCUUUUUAUUUAAGUUAAUCUUUUUUCUAUAUUAUGGAUGUUAUGUAUGAUGUAUCACUGUUAAAAAUCUGUACACUUUAAAAAAAAAAUCAGAAAAGCUUUACACUUUUUACUGUCAUAGAUUUGACAAUCUAAUAAACGUUAAUGUUACGUAGAUGAAAUAUUGCUUACAUUGUUGUAUAUUAUUGUUAUUAUUAACUGCCAAGUAAAACAAAGAAAGCACUGCCUAUCGCACAGUACGGUACAUUUAACUCAAUUUAAAUAGCCCACUUUUAACGUACAGUCGUGCCUUUUACAGUGAUGGUACUAAAUACAAUCCAUAUUAUUUAUCCAGUGUGGCUGUGUGUGUGGGCAUCUGUGUCGACUAGCAUAAGUUUCUUAGCGCAAUUCUGCCGUAUAAACCGCUUCAAGGCCAGCUAGUCUUUCAUAAUUAAAACUAUUAAAUACAUAAUCCUUUCCACAUACACUUUUUUGUUGUGGGGACAACUCAAAGAGAACGAUGACACAAUGAGAAGAAGUAUGGACGAGGAAUUGUGAUGUUAUAAGAGCCUCACCUGAUAAACAACUUAACUAAAAAACCACAACGUGGGGGGAAAAAAAAACGUGUGACACUAAUAAGAGGAAAUAGAGGUACAUUUUGUAGUCUUGCCAGCAACUCAACCUGAACAUUCCCACCCCUCUGCCCCCACAAGACACACAUUUACUUAUUCAUCCAAUUUGUCACAACAUUAAAAGAAGCCUCCCUACACAAUUAGCCGUGUCCUCGAGCUACGUCCUCUGAGCCCGUGUAUGAUUUCCUUUGAGCAUGCACAGGGCAGCACUAUUUAGUGUAUUCACUGCAUACACACUGUGCUGCAGUUAUACAACGUAUACACUUACGAUGGCGAUGGCAUUUGUACAUACGCAUACAGAGAGUACCCUAUUUACAUGCUGUAUAGAGAGGAGCAUUUCACUAAUGCAUCUACUUUGUCAAUAAUGUAUAUUUACUUACUGAAUGUGUGCUGUAUAUAGUACAAUAAAUGUACAGUAUAAGUCAUACAUACAUGAUAUAUGCCACUAAACGUACAUGUUUACUAAACCAUACAACAUCUUAA